AACCGGAAGUAGUUUGACGUCAAACCGGGUGUGGAGUGUUUUAGUGUGGCGUACCUGUUUGAGCAAGUGAAUGUACUGAUCAUAGCAGUAUACAUUAACCAGACAGACAGUUCUCAUGAACAGAGGGUGAGGAAUGCAUGUAUGGAUAAUAUGCACGGAUACUUUGGCGAUCUAUAUUUAAAGAAACAUUGUAUGGGAAGCCGAGUUGCACGAUUAGCCAAGCCGAGAAUAGCCAAAAUGACAACAGAGACAGGUUGUACCAAACAGGCCAAGAUACAGCGGGUAGACAGCUUCUUGAUACGCCUACAUGAAAAGGCAAGAUGUGAAAUAUAUCCGAGAACGACAGAUGUAAAAAGAGUGAAGGUGGAAGAUAAAUAUGUAAAAUGGGCCGUAGAUUAUCCUGACUACAGUCCAGUAGUUUACACAUCUGAAGGAGUGUUAAAAGGUCCUGUCUGGGCUGACCCCGACCUACUAACCACAGAAGCUAAUUUAAAGUGGAAUGCUUUAGAUGGUAAAGUGAGUCGUAUCAGCCAUAUGGGCUCAUAUGAAAUAGGAAAAGAUAAACUUCCCAGAAAUCCUAUAGGGCGAACAGGACUGAAAGGUCGUGGCUGUUUAGGUCGUUGGGGACCCAAUCAUGCUGCAGAUCCUAUUGUUACAAGGUGGCGACGGGAUGAAGAUGAUAAAAAAGUGAAGGGAGAGGAUGGAAAAAAUGUGUUACAGUUUGUGGCUGUCCAAAGGAGAGACAAUCAUCAGUGGGCGAUACCUGGGGGUAUGGUGGAUCCUGGUGAAGUCAUUACGCAAACCUUAAAGCGAGAGUUUGGUGAAGAAGCCAUGAACUCAUUAGAAAAGACAGAAGCGGAAAGAGAAGAUAUAGAAAAAGCAAUUAAUGAAUUAUUUGACCAUGGCACAAAUGUAUAUAGUGGCUAUGUGGAUGAUCCUCGCAAUACAGAUAACUCCUGGAUGGAAACAGUCGCAUUGAAUUUCCAUGAUGAAUCCGGUUCAGGAGUUAGUCAAAUCCAUUUACAUGCUGGUGAUGAUGCUGUUGGAGUAAAAUGGAUGGACCUUACUAGUAAACUGGAGAUCUAUGCCAGUCACAAAGACUUUUUACAGGAAGUAGCAAGAAAACUCCAGGCUAGCUGGUGAACCUAAGUGUGUUUAGUAACCAAGGCCAUAUAAUAUCUACAAUUCAACAUUUCCCAUUUUCUUUGAAAUAAGGUCAAGUUCACCAUGAAAGGCUUCCUGUUGCCAAGGACAAAUGACGAACUGUAAAUUUGUGUAUGAAAAAUGUAAUAAACAAGCAAGGUGUCAGGGGAUGGCUAUUGUAGCCGAUACAGCUGUGCAAAAAGUUUUCUUCUGACCGAAUUCCAUGUGGCAUAUAUACUUAUUUUUGAUGUUUUUAUAUGUUAGAUAAUAAAUCCUUACAGUAUACAUGUAUCAGUUAAAAAUACAAAAUAAUGAACAAUGAAUAUGCUGUGCAAAAAAUACUAUUCACAAACAUCUAAGUGGGUCCUGAAUAUAUUUCUGGGUAGACCAGUCAGUCCUAGAUAAUUCUGGGUAGACCAGUCAGUCCUAGAUAAUUAUGGGUAGACCAGUCAGUCCUAGAUAAUUCUGGGUAGACCAGUCAGUCCUAGAUAAUUCUGGGUAGACCAGUCAGUCCUAGAUAAUUCUGGGUAGACCCGUCAGUCCUAGAUAAUUCUGGGUAGACCAGUCAGUCUUAGAUAUUUCCAGGUUGACCAGUCAGUCUUAGAUAUUUCCAGGUUGACCAGUCAGUCUUAGAUAUUUCCAGGUUGACCAGUCAGUCCUAGAUAUUUCCAGGUAGACCAGUCAGUCCUAGAUAUUUCCAGGUUGACCAGUCAGUCCUAGAUAUUUCCAGGUUGACCAGUCAGUCCUAGAUAUUUCCAGGUUGACCAGUCAGUCUAAGAUACUCCUGUAUAGACAAGUGUUAUAUUCUUACAGGUUUAAGCCUCUGUUAUUUAUGAUAAUAUUAUUAAAGCUUAAGAGAAUGACUACCAUACUCAAUAUAUUAUCCAUUCGUUUAUACAAGUAGGCAUAUUUAUCCCACAAGAAUAUAGAACAUUUUGAGAAUUUUUGUGUGGAAGUCCAGGAAAUUUUGUUUUAAUCCUAUACCAUUGAUAUUUAGUCCUGAAUGUUUCAUUAUAUUAGACAAUAGUUAACAAAUACUCACUUAACCUAAUGAAUUCUUGUCAUUGAAAGGUACACUAUCGUACAGCUUUUUGCCUGGCAUUCAAAUAUUGUCUGAUUUUGAUGAAAUUUGGUGUAAAGGGGUAUCAGGGGAAAGUGAAUACAACCCCAUAGGUUAUUAUUGCUUGAUUUCAAUGAAAAUUGGUAUGUAGGGUAUUAGGGGACUUCAAAUACUAUUGAAUUUAUUUUGGAGUACUAUGACAAUACAAACACUAUUUCAAUAUCAAACUCUUCAUUUAUGACUGCAGGGAUUGUUUGGGGGACAUAUGUAAUGAUCCCCAUUACAAAAAGCACUUGUCUUUAAAGCAUUUUGGACACUUUUAAAAUAUUCUAGUUUACCAAAAUGUCCCAGGGAAUUUAUUAGGUUGAAUGUGAUAUUCUAUGAAAUCCAAGUUUUGUGAAGCAUUUGAUACAACAUCAGCAUGUCCUGCCUGAAGUAGUCUUAUGAUGCUAGUGUAUAAUGCUGAGUUCACUAGAAGAUUGAGUUACCUGUUAAAGGAGAGAAACAGCAAUGUCAACAAAUGAGCAGGGUUAGAAAAAAAACCUAGGGCCAGUAGAUUUGGUCUAUGGGCAAGGAAGUAUUGGUGAUUACUUCCUGAUUGGCAAGUGCAAAUGUUUUUUUUUUUUUGUAUUUUGUACCUUUUCCUAUUUAAGAAAUUUAAGAUAUUCAAAUUAUUUGGACGACCAUGUUUCACAUUUGGGCAAGUACCUUUGACCCCAAACUUGUCCGAAGGACCAGUGAUGCUGAAUUGAUUUUCCUGUCCUGCACAUCCGACCUGACACCAUAAUGCAUUCAUGUUUAUUACACCUAUUAUACCUGUGGUUUGUUUUAAAUGUUACAUAACGCUUACCUUUAGUGCUAAUAGCCACCUAAAGUUUUCUGGUGGAUUUUUGUGUGUGUAGUUAAAUCUUUACUACUCAGGAAAUGUAUGAUAAGGAAGCUGAUAUAAUGAAUUGAUGAUAGGGUACAUCUUCAGUUACAUGACAGUAUGUUAUAGGCAGUCAAUACGUCGGUGGCAUAGCUUUCCCUAUUACCGAUACAUCACAGAUUUCACGGCAUUAAGACCAUUUUGUAUGAACAUCAUGUUGAAGACUAACAGUUACAGUUAGAGAAAUAUUUCCACUAUUAAUUUUGUUGGUGUUUGAUGUGAUAUUUUUUUACCAGCUAGAACUCCACACGAAAAUGCAUUGCCCUUGAUUUUUUUACCCUGUCCAUCUGUCAGUAAUAAAAUUGUUCCUGAAUAUAUCUUGACUUUAGAGAAUAUUAUACACAUAAUGCUUAUUAUGCCAUUAUCUUUUGAAAACAAAAUACAUGUACACUGUAUAUGUUUAUUAUCCCAUUAUUCGGACAGAGUUAAUUUUCAAUCUAUUUCAUUCAGAAUUUUGGGAGUUAAGCCCCUUGGUGUACUGAGAAAGCAUCUGAGAAUUCAGAACUGAUGCUAUAUAGACAGAGUCUUAUGAAAUGAGAGACUUGUUAUAUAAAUAUAAUACGAAAACUUAAUUGUCUAAAUUAAUUCUGUCUUCAACGACAUGAAAAUUCUGACAGUAUAUAAAAAUACUCACCCGUGCAACCUUUGUUCUCUGAUUCACCCUCUGAUCAUUUGUAGUCAGUGAUAAAGAUAACAAUUUGUAUAUGACUAAUAUUGACCAUUUUUGAGGACUAUUCAUUUGUAGUAAUUAUUGAGAAAUAUGUUAUUCAUGUGUUUUUAUUAUAUGAGACUUGCAAUAGUUAACUGGCUGUAUGACUAUAAUAGGUAUGGAGUUUACUAGCUUCCUCAUCUAUUGUGAAUUUAUAAUGGAGAGAAGUUUCCAAUCAUUCUUGAGAAUUUGUCAAGUUUGGAACCAGUGUGAUAGACAGCAUACCUCCUGCCCAGUACCCAGAAUUAGCAACUAGUUACAUGUGUGUGUAUAGUACAAUCCUGUAGAUUUUAUAUUGACAUUAUAGUGUUCUGUGGUAAUUGCAAAGACAUAAUUAUAUAUUCCAUCCCCAUUUACAGCAAAAAUAGGUUUCAUUGAUAUUUAUUAUUGCAUGAAUUCAGAGAUAUUGUUGUCGCCAUUAAAAUCAGCCUUACAUUUACCUGUACCAUCAACAUACCAAUUUUGGUUUCAUUAGUGAAUACACAAUUGAAAUAUAUGCCAUUUAUGUUUAAUGUAAUACCUUUAUUUUGAUUUCGUGUGAUAUCUACGUCAUCUCUCCUUGGUACUGUACAAAGCCCAGUGUAAUGGUCAGCUGAUUUGCCAGUUAGAUAUUGAUAGGAUUGGUAAAAUAAUUGUAAAAAUAGAUCUUUCUAGAUAUAUUCUUGACAUUCAUUAAUUAAUAUGGUAAUUAUGUGUGCAAUUUCGUACAGUUUGUUAUUAUUUCAUAGUUUACAUAACAUUUAGCUAGAUAUUAUCUUAAUACAAAAUUUGUAUACAAACUGAUUAUGAUAAAAGCAAUUGUUACAUUUCGUAUGUCCUCAAUGUGCCGUCUAAUCGCUAACAAUACAUCGUGAGUAUAUGUUAAAGAUGGGCUUCCACUUAAUAGUUAUUACAACCUGGUCAUUGUCAUAGCCUCCAGAACCAACAGCCACUUAACAAGACUUUGAUUGUCAGGCCCCAUUGUCCUUUCUACAUCCAGUAUCUUAUCAGGACAUCACCUACUGUGCUGAUGCUAAUUACCUGGUAUUUAUACACUAGAGAACACUAAUGAUCUCUAAUAUGCUAAACCAUGUAUUUGUAAUUAGCACUGCAUAUCUCUUAUGUGCUAACUGUGCUAUACCAUGUGUUUGUAAUUAGCACUGCAUAUCUCUAAUGUGCUAACUGUGCUGUAACACGUAUUUUUAAUGUGCUAAUUGCUAUACGUACCAUGUGUUUGUAAUUAGCACUGCAUAUCUCUAAUGUGCUAACUGUGCUAUACCAUGUUUGUAAUUAGCACUGCGUGUCUCUAAUGUGCUAACUGUACAUGUGCUGUAACAUGUAUUUGUAAUGUGCUAAUUGCUAUACGUACCAUGUGUUUGUAAUUAGCACUGCAUAUCUCUAAUGUGCUAACUGUGCUGUACCAUGUGUUUGUAAUUAGCAUUGCUUAUCUCUGUGCUAACUGUGCUGUACCAUGUUAUUACUGCAGCACUGUAUAUUUCUGGAUACCAGUACAGAUUAUCUGUAAUGUGUUGACAUAUUCUUUUACUGUAAAAUUGUAGCAAAAAUUGAAGUACAAUUUUUUUUUAAUUUAAUUUCAUUAGAAUUGGUUUAACCACUUGGUUAUUUCAUUUUGAAUUUGAAUAUUUAUAUGGUGGUGGCUACUAAGUAAUGAUUACUAGCCAAAUUAAGACAGGACUGAAAAUAUAUGGUUAUAUAAAUGCCAUGCUCUAAGUUAGAAUUUCCAGAUCUACGUUGGGGGGGGGGGGGAGAGUCUUGGUAUGUCUAGAACAAAUGAUUGAACUGUAAGAACAUAUAAAUGAUUGAUUGUAUUGCUGUAAUACAUAUCAAUAUAUUGAGGUGCAGAAGGACUCCAUGGUACUUGAUGGGUAUUAUUGUUUAUAAUGUAAAGCAUUACAAAGCAGUACCAACAUCAUACAUUGUUUACCUCUUCAUUUACAAUCAUUCAAUAUGUCGUGUAAAACCUGUCAUCAUCAAAUGUAACACAUAUGUUGGUCUUUGUGUUUAUAAACUGUAUUUAAUAUAUUUUCCAUCUUUAAGACAAUACAACACUUGGUAAUAUGACACGAUAUUGUUAUCCUGUAUUUGGAGAUGUUUUUUGUUAUUACUGAUAUGUCUGCUGUGUUUUUACUAGUGAUGAGUUUAAAUGUAUUCUGGAAAUAAAUUGUGGCUGAAGGUUCAGUUUGAAGAUGAAAGCUAGAAACCAUGAAAAUUAAAAACUAUCCAAAUUAAUAUUUAUAUUUGGUGUGGUUUUAAAUUUUAAGUAAAUAUAUAUUGAAUGCAUUAUUGAAAACAUUUAAUUAAUACUAAGUUGUCUCUAUAAAAACUUGUAGUUGUUAUUAAAUGGUAAAUAAACUUAGUUAAAGCUAUU